AGAGAAAGUAACUCCAGGACGAGACCGGAGCGACCCGCGCAGCGAGCACAGGCGGCAAGGCUGCGCCAGGCGCCCGAGACCGGCGGCUGCGGGGGGCGGGGGCUGUGCCCGAGCCCGAUCCCCCGCUCCUGCGAGCAGUGGUCUCGGGGAAAGGGUCGUUGUCCAGCACAGAUGCGUUGGUCGGAGAGAGCACCGGAGGUUCUGGUGAAGGCGUAAAGCCUGGGGCUUCCAAUGAUACUCUGGGCAGCGAUGGAAGCCUAGAUGCCUCACCGCAAGGAGCGGCCGAGCGGGUCCUCGCUUCACGCCCAAGGCAGCGCCGGCACUGAGGAGGGAGGAAGCAUGUCCCGGUUGUCUCUCACCCGGUCACCUGUGUCUCCCCUGGCUGCCCAGGGGAUCCCACUGCCAGCCCAGCUCACCAAGUCCAAUGCACCUGUGCACAUUGAUGUGGGCGGCCACAUGUAUACCAGCAGCUUGGCCACGCUCACCAAGUACCCUGACUCCAGAAUAAGCCGCCUCUUCAAUGGCACCGAGCCCAUCGUCCUGGACAGUUUGAAGCAACACUAUUUCAUUGACCGGGACGGAGAGAUUUUCCGCUAUGUCUUGAGCUUCCUGCGAACAUCGAAACUGCUGCUCCCAGAUGACUUCAAGGACUUCAGCCUAUUAUACGAGGAGGCACGCUACUACCAGCUGCAGCCCAUGGUUCGUGAGCUGGAGCGCUGGCAGCAGGAGCAGGAGCAGCGGCGCCGCAGCAGGGCCUGUGACUGCCUGGUGGUGCGGGUCACGCCGGACCUGGGGGAGCGGAUCGCACUCAGUGGCGAGAAGGCCCUCAUCGAGGAGGUCUUCCCAGAGACCGGGGAUGUCAUGUGCAACUCUGUCAACGCUGGCUGGAACCAGGACCCUACACAUGUCAUCCGCUUCCCGCUCAAUGGCUACUGCCGGCUCAACUCGGUGCAGGUCCUGGAGAGGCUGUUCCAGAGGGGUUUCAGCGUGGCUGCGUCCUGCGGGGGUGGUGUGGACUCCUCCCAGUUCAGCGAGUAUGUGCUUUGUCGGGAGGAGCGGCGACUGCAGCCAACCCCCACCGCUGUCCGGAUAAAGCAGGAGCCCCUGGACUAGGCCUGGCCUCGGUACCCACCUGAGGCCCCUUGGCCCUGGAGACAGCCCAAGGACCUGGAAACAGUGCUGGGGAGUUCUGCCUGUGCCUGCUUAGCAGUCAUCGUGAGACUGAGGGUGGGGCUGCAGGGUCUGAGGCCAGCCGGGGAGCCCCAGGUGUCAUGCAACAGAACGUGGGGUGCUGCCGGCACGCUUCCCGGAGGAUUGUUGAUGUGACCCAAAGAUGCGUCGGUGGGAGCUCCGCCACCAGUGCCCUGGGGCCCCCGGGCCCCCAGCCGGGUGCAGCGCCUCCAAGGCCCUGGGGCCAGCCACGGUGGAGUCGGCACAGGCCCCCGCCCACUGCAGAGGAGCUCUUCAUCCUUCUCCACGCGCGGGACUCCAGUGGGUGUCCCUGCAUCAGAGAUGGCUUAUUUUUCUACACUAUUUAAAACAGAAGUAACUAACUGCACAAGCCAGAGAGGCCAACAAGGACAACACUUCUUCAUCUGGUGCUCCGUUCUUAGUCAGACAUGCAGUGCGCCCACCCUCAUGGUGGAAGAGCUGCUGGGCCCUCCAGCCCAGGUGCCCAUGGAGAGGGGCUUGAAGAGCUCUGGUUCCCACUCUAGGGACAUGAAGGGGAGGACAGUGCUGUAGGAACUGAAGCAAGGCCCCCAGGGAGCUGGGCUGCUGGCAGGAGGGUGGUUUGGGUGUGCGGGACAGAUGGCUGUGGAACCACCUAACACCCUCACCUUUGCUGCUACCUGGGGCGCGGGCCACACUGGGUGGGACACGUGACCUACAGGUGUCCAGGGACUCCCAGUCCGGUUUGUGUGUCCUCACACCUGGGCUUCUGAAGGAGUCUCUCCCCAUCCGGACCAGCUACAGGGCCACAUGGCAUCCUUACCUCAGGAAUGGGUCCCACGGUGAAGGGACCCACCUGUCAGCAGCAUCCUCUGGGUCCACACCUCAGGAAGCUGUCCCCAGCUCUGAUUUUUCCACACUAAUAUGCACACUGAAUUUUAAUGAAAUUUGUAAUACUAGCCUGCCGAUAAGACCUGGACAUAGACAUACCUGGGACUCUUGCCCCGGGUUCCAACAAGGACUGGCCCUGAGGGGUCCUCAUAGACCUGCUGCCUCUUAGACGACAGGCCCAAAGAUGGACACCCCAGCUUUGUCACCCUUGACUGAGCUGGCUCUUCCCAGGUGGAGAAACCGCAGACAGCUGCUCGGUGGAUGCGGCAUACAGCCGGCACCACCCUGCAUACAAUGCCUGUAGACUUGUAUAUGACUCCUUUAAUAUCGUAAAGAUGCUGGUGUACAAUUGUUGUGUUUGUGUAAACACAUGAUGUUCCUAGUUCAUGCCAUAAACUGCUAUAAAGCAAAAGACUGAGGCUCUGUCCUGUGCAGAAGCAGCUUUGGAUUCCCGCGUUGGAUGUUGUGCCCUUUGCGCUGGGGGUGGGAGUCCUCCCUCUUCCUUCAGAUAAAGGGUGAACUGGCAGUGCUCACUGGGGGAGGGGCGAGGUCCCAAGCUGGCUGUUACUUAUUACUGCAUUUGGGUGUUUCCUCAUCGUGGUGCCCUGUCCCCCAUGGGCAGGACAGACUGAAUACUCAUUCACAGCCCCUAACAGGAUCCAAUGGGGAGGCAGGCAGAAGGUGUCCCGGGGAUUAUGAGCCCGGUCUUAAGUGUUUGAGAUUUCCCUUCUCUGACUUUUGAUUGAGAUUGACAUCCUCUUAGAGCCCCACAGAGCAGUAGGAGAAGGUGACAGUCCACAGCUCAGACCAGCCGGGAACAUGCGGCCCCUGGCAUGAGACGGGUAGGUUACCCGAGCACAGCACAAGGCCACAGUGCGUUUGUUUCCAAGAGAAAGAGUUGGAAGGUAUUGACAGAGGCCUCCAAUUUAAAUGAGCCUUUUUGUAUUUUUCCUCAAAGCCCUUAUGUUCUAACCCACGAGGACCCUUUUACAUGCCGAGUAAAGGCCACCAGCCUCGAUCUGCCUGGAGGAGGAGAGCACAGCCGCUUCCUGUCUGGGGUUGCAAAGCAGACGCCAGCCUGCUGUACAAUCUAAUUUGCUGGACAAACUUGCUAGCCUUCUCCUUUGCUUAGCAACGCGCCUCCAGUUGGCACAUCUGCAUUUUGGCAUCUGAGGUUCACAUCUGAGAGGAGGAGAAAGUGUGUUUAUUAGAAAGGAAGUCUUGUGAAAACAGCUCAUUGCAGUGUUAUGUUCAUGGGUUUUUCUGGUUUGAUAGCCAGCAUGAUUACUGAUUGGUGGAGAUGUCCUAAUGUUUAAAGCAGAGUAGAUUUUUGAGUAAACCAUAGUGCUUAAAAAAAAAAAAGUACCUUUCUGAAUGUUACUCUUUAUUCUUUACUAAGUAAAAUCAGGAAGUACGAUUUUACAUAAGCGGGAAUUUCUGAAUUUGCAGAGAAAUUCUUUGCUCCCAUAGCAAUGCUAAAAUUCUAAUAUGCAUAAUACCCUAAACAAUAAGUACCAAGGAUUAAUUCCUUUAAAACAUUUAUACUUCAUAUGUAAUACUUCCUGGAAUGAAUAUAUUGUAAGUAAUCUUUAGAUCAAAUGCCAGCAGUAUAAAUGUUAAAUUCUGCUCUUUGUAAACCUCCAAAUAAUUAUUUUUUGAUUAUAAGCAACCGGACAGAGAGCUGUUCCAACGCCUCCAGUUCCCACUGAAACUCCGCCAGUGCAGGGGAGGCCUCGGCAGGACCGCAGCAGGUGGCAUCUGCCACUCUCCAGCUUACAUGGGGCUCAAAGCCAGGUCACAGCACUGCUAAUAUCUUUUAAAAAGUGUUUUUUAAAACCUACCACUUGACUGUGUUCCUUAGAAUAAAUAAAGGGUAUUUUAUAAAUUA